AUGCUAGCGGUACAAAGCACCAACUUCACAGCCUCAAUCUUGGGACCCCAUCAUGGUAUUACCGUCGUAUAUCUCCUGCUUCUGCUUAUGCUUCGCACACUCUUCUGCAUCGACAUAAAAAUAACCUCUGGUCUUGCCUCUCCCAGUCUCGUCGGCACACUGCGGCAUCAUCUGUUCUCUCGUCACUUCCGCGAAAGACAGACAAAACAGAUUCCUCGAGCGCACGCCACAGCGACGAUGAAGAUUGAGCCAUUCAAGAUAAACGUGCCGCAAAGUGAGAUAGACGCGCUGCACACACGCCUGGCAAACACGCGCUGGGCGCCCGAACUCGACAACGACGACUGGACCUCCGGCGUCAACGGCACCUACCUGCGCGAACUGGUCACUUACUGGCAGUCCCGCUUCGAUUGGCGCGCCCAGGAAGCGCACAUCAACAACUUCCCGCAGUUCCUUGCAGAAAUCGACGGCAUACCGAUCCACUUCAUCCACGUGCGCGGCAAGGGACCCAGCCCCGUCCCCAUCCUCCUGAACCACGGCUGGCCCUGGACCUUCUGGGACUUCAAGGCCGUCAUCGCGGCGCUGGCCGAUCCAGCUGCCCACGGCGGCGACCCCGGCGACGCCUUCGAUGUCGUCGUGCCCUCGCUGCCGGGCUUCGCCUUCUCGGGACCGCUGCCGCGGACCGGCGUGGGGUAUGUCGAGACGGCUGAUAUGUGGGUGAAGCUGAUGCGGGAGCUGGGGUAUGAGCGGUUCGUCACGCAUGGCGGCGACGCGGGCGCGUUUGUGAGUGCGCGGCUAGGCCACGCGCAUCCCGACUCAAUUAUCGGCGUGCAUCUGAGCUUCCCCGUUCUGCCAGGUGUGCCGUUUGGCCCUGACGACCAAAGUAGAAUGACACCAGAAGAACGCACAUUGAUGGAGGGUCAAGACAGAGGCCAGGGGGCGUUCAUACAUGUCUUGAUCAAUGCGUUGGACCCGCAGACCCUCGCCUGGGCGGUGCACGACAGCCCCGUAGGGCUGGCGGCGUGGCUGCUCCUGCGUCGCCGUGCCUGGAGCGAUUGCCGUGGAGACGUGGAGACGAGGUUCGACAAGGAUACGCUGCUCACGCAUGUUUCGCUGUACUGGCUCACUAACAGCUUCGUCUCGUCGGAGCUGUUCUGCAGAGCGUCUGGGUUUCCGCAGCCCAUGGCGCUGGCUAACGAUAUCAAGCCUGAGAUCAGCGUGCCGACGGCUGUUGCCGUGCUACCAAAAGACCUGUUCUACCGGCCACGUUCGAUCUUUGCAGCACAUAGCGAUCUGCGUCAGUGGACCUUGUUUCCCAGCGGAGGGCAUUUCGGGGCAGCUGAGGAACCAGGACUCAUAACUGAAGACAUUCGCUCAUUCGUACACCCUUUGCGAAAUGGCUGA